ACCACCCAGAUCGCACCCGUCGUCGGUCUGCGUCUGUCUCUUCUUCACAUCCUCUGCCAAUCUCGUCGCGACCCAUGGCCGAUUCCCAGAUCCCCCUCGACACCGGCGAGGUGCUUCGAGAAAAGAAGGAGCGCGACUCGUUUGAGCGCACCCAUCCCGAUGUCGUCGAAGAAGAGUUCCACCACGACGAGCAGCAGCUCACCUUCCGCGCCAUCAUUGUCGGCGUCAUCCUGGGCUCCAUCGUCUGUGCUUCCAACCUGUACCUGGGCUUGAAGACUGGCUUUACCUUUGGCGCCGCCCUCAUCGGCUCCAUUCUCGGCUUCUCUAUUCUCAAGCCUUGGUCGACCUAUGCUCCCAGGUUCCUCGGCGGUGGCGGCCACUUUGGUCCGCGUGAGAACUGCACCGUCCAGACGGCAGCCACCGCUGCCGGUGGUCUGGCUCUGUUCAUCACAUCCGUUCCCUCGCUCUACAACCUCAAGCUCCUCUCGAUGAAGCCCGACGGCUCGCCCGAUAUCCAUGCCGAUAUUGGCCGCCUUCUUGCCUUGACCGUCUCCUGCGCCGGCUUUGGUCUUUUCUUUGCGAUUCCGCUGCGCAAGUACUUUGUUAUCCAGCGCCAGCUGGUCUUCCCGACCCCCACUGCCUCGGCCGUCACCAUCAAGUCGCUCCACACCGGCGGCAAGGAGGCUGCCCUCGUCGCCAAGACAAAAUCCAAGGCCCUGAUCAUCACCUUUGCCGCCGCUAUGGCCUGGACCAUGGUUGGCUACUUUGUCCCCGGUCUCGUGCAGGAGUGGCACAUCUUUGCCUGGCUCUACAGUGCCGGCGUCAAGGGUGCCCAGCAGCUUGAGAACUGGAAGUGGUACCUCGGCUGGACUCCGGCCAUGAUCGGCGGUGGCAUGCUCAUGGGCCCCAACGCCGCGGGCUCCAUGUGGCUCGGCACCUUCCUGGCCUACGGCUUCAUCGGCCCCGUCCUGGUCGCAGCCAAAGAGUGCGCCGGCUCCAUCAACAAGGCUGACCCCAACAUCAUCAACUACUUCUCCGCCAAGGCCCCGAUGCCGCGCUACUGGCUGCUCUGGCCCGGUGUGAUGAUCAUGGUGUGCGCCUCCUUUGCCGAGAUGGGCAUGAACGGCAAGACGAUCUACCGCGGCAUCAAGGCUGCCAUCGUGACGAUUGCUGCCCGCUUCAAGAAGGCCGAUGCCAGUGCUGCCGCCGGCACCACCUCGGAGGAUCCCGUCCCGCCCGAGGAGCAGGUCCCCACCUGGCAGUGGAUCGUCGGCCUCACCAUCUCGGUCGUCAUGGCGAUUGUCUUCCUCAGCGUCUUCUUCCAUGUCGGCGUCGGCGAGACCCUCCUGUCGAUCAUUGUGGCCUUCAUCUUUGCUUUUGUCGCCAUCGAGUCGACCGGCGCUACCGAUGUCAACCCCACCGGCGCCAUUGCCAAGACCUCCCAGUUCAUCUUUGCCGGUGUUAGCAAGGCCGCCAACGUCCCCGUUGCUGAGGCCCAGCGCCUCAACUUGGUUGCUGGCUCGCUCGCCGCCUCGGCCGCCCACCAGUCCUGCGACAUGGUCGGCGAUCUCAAGACCGGCCACAUCCUGCGUGCCUCGCCCCGCUCGCAGUUCCACGCCCAGAUCCUCGGCUCCAUCGUCGGCGUCUUUACUUCGCUCGGCGUCUUCCUCGUCUUUGCCACGGCCUACCCCUGCAUCAUGAACCUGGACCAAAAGUGCAUCUUUGACCUGCCCUCGGUCAGUGCCUGGAACGCCAUUACCGUCGCCCUUACAGACACCACCAAGGCUCCCAUCCCGGCCAGCUCGGGCUGGAGCUCCAUCGGCCUGGGUCUCUUUGCGAUCCUCGUCACCGUCGGCAAGCACUACCUCCCUCAAAAGUACCGCAUCUUUGUCCCCAACAUGAGCGCUAUCGGCAUCUCCUUUGUCCUGACCUCGACCCACUACUCGACUGCCAUGGUCAUUGGCUCCAUCGUUGCCGUCGUCUGGGAGCGCCGCGCACCAAAGUCCUGGGAAGUCAUGGGCUGGGCCGUUGCCUCGGGCAUGAUUGCCGGCGAGGGCAUCGGCGGUCUCUUCCAGGCCAUUCUGCAAAUCGCCGGUGUGACCAACGACCGCUAUGGCACUCAGUUCGGCUGCCCCAAGCUGGGUUGCUAAGCGCCAGCCGUCGCCUCCUGUCCAAGGCAAGGCUUGUACCUCUUGGCCACCUUUUCUCUUCCAAGAUUCGCCGACCCAAAAGACUGCUACCAUCGAGACCGCUCUUCUCACACAGUCGCAACUCUGGCUACUCUCCCCUCGCCUUCCCCGCCCUCCCUGAAUGAGGCAGCCCGUAAUUCUGGUUGA